AUGAUUAACCCAAGUACCCUGGCCUCUCUGUGCACCACUCCCUCUGAGUACCUCUUCCUGCACCCUUUCCUGGGCGAUGUGGUAGGUCUGGAGCGGGGCGGGGGGAAGACCGAGGUGAUGGUGACCGAAGGUGUGACUACGGUUGCCUACACGCUGGACGAGGGCCUGAUCGAGUUUGGAACAGCCAUUGAUGACGGCAACUACAGCCGGGCCACAGCCUUCUUGGAGACUCUGGAAAUGACCCCAGAAACAGAGGCAAUGUGGAAAACCUUGAGCAGACUGGCGCUCGAGGCACGGCAGCUCCACAUCGCCGAGAGGUGCUUUUCUGCUUUGGGCCAUGUAGCAAAAGCUCGAUUCCUGCAUGAAACCAAUGAGAUUGCAGAUCAAGUGUCUCGGGAAUAUGGUGGAGAAGGAACAGACUUUUACCAGGUCCGAGCACGCCUAGCCAUGCUGGAGAAGAACUACAAGCUGGCUGAAAUGAUCUUCUUGGAACAGAAUGCCGUUGAGGAGGCCAUGGACAUGUACCAGGAGCUGCACCGUUGGGAUGAGUGUAUCGCAGUGGCUCAGGCCAAGGGGCACCCGGCCCUGGAGAAGCUGCGCCGGGGUUACUACCAGUGGCUGAUGGACACACAGCAAGAGGAGCGAGCCGGUGAACUACAGGAGAGCCAGGGGGAUGGCCUAGCAGCCAUCAGCCUCUACCUCAAAGCUGGGCUCCCUGCCAAAGCUGCUCGACUGGUGCUGGCCCGGGAAGAACUGCUGGCCGACACCGAGCUGGUAGAACACAUCACUGCAGCCCUUAUCAAGGGGGAGCUGUAUGAAAGGGCAGGUGAUCUCUUUGAGAAGAUUCGAAACCCACAGCGGGCCCUGGAGUGCUACUGUAAAGGCAGCGCGUUCAUGAAAGCGGUGGAGCUGGCUCGACUGGCAUUCCCAGUGGAAGUGGUGAGACUGGAAGAGGCAUGGGGGGAUCAUCUGGUGCAGCAGAAGCAGCUCGAUGCAGCCAUUAAUCACUACAUUGAAGCCAGGUGCUCCAUUAAGGCGGUGGACGCUGCCCUGGGCGCCCGUCAGUGGAAGAAAGCCAUUUAUAUAUUAGAUCUCCAGGACCAGAGCACUGCGUCCAAAUACUACCCCCGCGUGGCCCAGCACUAUGCAGCUCUGCAGGAGUAUGAGAUUGCUGAGGAGCUCUACAUUAAGGGAGACCGCACAAAAGAUGCAAUAGACAUGUACACUCAGGCUGGCCGCUGGGAGCAAGCCCACAAGCUGGCCACGAAGUGCAUGAGGCCGGAAGACGUGUCGGUGCUGUACGUCACGCAGGCUCAGGAGCUGGAGAAGCAGGGCAAGUACCGUGAGGCGGAAAGGCUCUACGUGACAGUGGAAGAGCCUGAUCUUGCCAUCACCAUGUUCAAAAAGCACAAGCUGUAUGAUGAUAUGAUCCGCCUGGUAGGGAAGCACCACCCAGAUCUCCUCAGUGACACACACCUGCACCUGGGCAAGGAGCUGGAGGCUGAAGGCCGACUGCAGGAGGCUGAGUAUCACUACCUCGAGGCUCAGGAGUGGAAGGCGACGGUGAACAUGUACCGGUCCAAUGGGCUUUGGGAGGAGGCCUACCGGGUGGCCAAGGCUCACGGGGUAGCUACUGCCCACAAACACGUGGCCUAUCUGUGGGCAAAGAGCCUGGGAGGAGAGUCUGCAGUUAGACUGCUUAAUAAGCUGGGACUCCUGGAAGCUGCCAUUGACCACGCCGCUGACAACUGCUCAUUUGAAUUUGCUUUUGAACUUUCUCGGCUGGCCCUCAAGCACAAAACCCCUGAGAUACAUCUCCGAUACGCUUUGUACCUGGAGGAUGAGGGUAAAUUUGAAGGGGCUGAAGCUGAAUUCAUCAGGGCUGGUAAACCCAAGGAAGCAGUCCUCAUGUUUGUCCAUAACCAGGAUUGGGAGGCAGCUCAGCGUGUGGCCGAGGCCCACGAUCCUGACAGCGUCGCUGAGGUGCUUAUGGGGCAGGCCCGGGGGGCCUUGGAGGAGAAGGACUUUCAGAAAGCAGAAGGACUGCUGCUUCGGGCCCAGAGACCGGGCCUGGCCCUCAACUAUUAUAAGGAGGCUGGACUGUGGAGUGAUGCCCUGCGGAUCUGCAAGGACUACAUGCCGGGCCAGCUGGAGGCUCUGCAGGAAGAGUAUGAGCGGGAAGCCACCAAGAAGGGGGCCAGGGGCAUGGAGGGGCUAGUGGACCAAGCUCGACAGUGGGAGCAGGCUGGAGAGUAUAGCCGUGCAGUCGACUGCUACCUCAAGGUGCGGGACUCAGGCAGCAGCAGCAGCCUGGUGGAAAAGUGCCGGAUGAAGGCAGCUGAACUCGCCAUCAAGUUUCUGCCUCCCCAACGCAGUCUGGAAGUAGUUCGGGCUGUGGGACCCCAGCUGAUUGGAAUUGGAAAGCACAGUGCAGCUGCAGAGCUCUACCUGAACCUGGACCUAGUCAAGGAAGCGAUCGAUGCUUUCAUUGAGGGUGAGGAGUGGAACAAGGCUAAGCGCGUGGCCAAGGAGUUAGAUCCCCGGUAUGAAGACUACGUGGACCAGCAUUAUAAAGAGUUCCUCAAGAACCAGGGCAAAGUGGACUCGCUGGUGGGUGUGGAUGUGGUGGCUGCUUUGGACCUGUAUGUGGAGCAGGGCCAGUGGGACAAGUGCAUUGAAACGGCUACCAAGCAGAACUACAAGAUUCUGCACAAGUAUGUGGCUUUGUAUGCGACUCACCUGAUCCGAGAGGGUGGCUACGGGCAGGCACUAGCCCUGUAUGUGCAGCACGGAGCUCCUGCUAACCCACAGAACUUCAACAUCUACAAAAGGAUCUUCACGGACAUGGUGAGCUCACCUGGGACCAACAGUGCUGAGGCCUAUCACAACUGGGCUGAUCUUCGGGACGUGCUCUUUAACUUGUGUGAAAACCUGGUGAAGUCUAGUGAGGCAAACUCUCCAGCCCAUGAGGAGUUUGAGACGAUGCUGCUGAUUGCUCAUUACUAUGCCACUCGCUCAGCUGCCCAGAGUGUCAAACAGCUGGUGAGAUUGGCUGCCAGGCUUUCUGUUUCGCUCUUACGCCACACUCAGCUCCUACCUGCAGACAAGGCCUUCUAUGAAGCAGGCAUUGCUGCCAAGGCAGUUGGCUGGGAGAACAUGGCAUUCAUCUUCCUCAACCGCUUUUUGGAUCUGACUGAUGCAAUCGAAGAAGGGACUCUGGAUGCCCUUGACCACUCUGACUUUCAGGAUACAGACAUUCCCUUUGAGGUGCCACUCCCAGCCAAGCAGCACGUACCGGAGGCUCAGAGGGAAGAGGUUCGAGACUGGGUACUCACAGUCUCAAUGGACCAGCGGCUGGAGCAGGUUUUGCCUCGGGAUGAGCGCGGUGCCUACGAAGCUUCCCUGGUGGCAGCGAGCACUGGAGUUCGGGCACUACCCUGCCUCAUUACAGGAUACCCCAUUCUGAGGAACAAAAUUGAAUUUAAGCGGCCAGGGAAGGCAGCUAACAAGGACAACUGGAAUAAGUUCCUUAUGGCUAUCAAGACUUCCCAUAGUCCAGUGUGCCAGGAUGUGCUGAAAUUCAUUAGUCAGUGGUGUGGAGGGCUACCCAGCACCAGCUUUUCCUUUCAGUAACUGGCAGGGCUCGGGGAAGAACUACUGGAUUCUCUCCCUCAUUAAAGUCUUGUAGGUAGUGGAGACCGCUGUGUUCUUUGAAUAAAGUCAUCCCCAACAUCA